UUAGUAACGCUUUUCUUUUAUAUUUUAAUUAGAAGUACGAGUCAAUGUAAAACCCUUAAAAUCCGUAAUCAAUGGCAUCCAAAUCCUCACCAACCCGUUUCGCCCUACUUCAAAAAGGGUUUGGCCGUCGAAAUCAGCUUCCGCGCGGCUUGUGGUUUUCCGGCACCGUCAUCAUCUUGCUCGUGGCGGACAAGCUCCGAUCUCCCGACAUCAGUCCUGAGUCUGCACCGGCUCCGGCCGCGGCCACCGGAGAUUCAUCGGAAAUUCGAAAUCGUCGACAAGGUUGACGCGCUGCACAACGAUGGCUGGCAGGAGUGCAACGUCCCCGACGAUUUGGGUAAUGGAAGUUUCGGUGGUGUGCGGUUGGAAGAGUCUAAGGAGAACGUGGUGUUAUCGGAGAAGCAGCUUAGGCUGCACCUUGAGUGUAAACCUUCACAGAUAAUACUUCCGGAUUCUCUGCAGUUGCCUGCAUUAAAAACCCUGCAUAUUGAUUAUGUCUAUUCUGCUGCAAGUGACAAUGGAGUUGCUGAACCCUUUUCAAACUCUAAAGUCCUCUGCAUAUCUAACUCUACCCUUUCUAGUUUGGCAAUAUGCAGUUUCCUUGAAGUAGAAGCUUAUGAAGAUGCACUUACUAUUCCAAAUCUUAGUUCUUUCACUAUCAAAGGUUUUGCUUCUCACCAACUCUCCUCCACAUGCAAUCUUUCUUACCUUGGAGAAGCAUAUAUUAAUGUAUCAAUGAAAAGAAAAGAAACUGAGGGGAAAUCGACGCUGAAGAUGAACAAGGGACAGAGAAAACGUGGAAGAAGAGACAAAAGGGACAGGUUCAGUGAGUUACCUGAUUGUGUUCUUCUCCAUAUAAUGGAAUUUAUGGACACCAAACAAGCUGUUCAGACUUGUGUCUUAUCUAAACGAUGGAAGAACCUUUGGAAACGUCUCACUAAUCUUGCUUUCAAUACUGCAUACUUUGAUAACGUUACCAAUUUCAGUAAAUUUGUGUCUCAGGUUCUGUCUAAUAGAGAUGGUUCUGUUUCCCUGCUUAAUCUUGAUUUCACACGUCGCGGUCUUGCUGAGCCUAAACUCUUGAAUAGGGUCAUGAAAUAUGCUGUGUUGCACAAUGUUCAGGUGUUGACAAUCUUUAUAAACUUAAAUUUCAGACCUAGUUUUGAGUUUCGCCCUUUCAUCUUUUCGUGUCAAUCUUUGAUGUUUCUUAGGCUUUCCAUUAGUUCUUAUGACCCUUCAUUGAUAGUACUUCCAGAGUCUCUGCAUAUGCCAGCAUUAAAAAGCUUGGAACUUGAGAGUGUCACUUUUACUGCUGGUGACAGUGGCUGUGCCGAGCCAUUUUCGACCUGCAAUGUAUUGAAUACUUUGGCUUUGGCAAAUUGUGCUUUGCAUAAUGAUGCAGAAUUCCUAUGUAUAUCUAAUUCUAACCUUUCCAGUUUGACCAUACAUGGUGCCUAUUUAGCAGGAGUUUACAAAAUUAUGCUUUCUACUCCAAGUCUUAGUUCUCUAACUAUUACGGAUCAUUACAAUCACCGAUUCUCCUCCACAUGCAAUCUUCCUGUUCUUGAACAUGUAACCAUUGACACCUUUUGUCGUACAUAUGUUCAAACUGACUUGUACAUCAUAAGCUGGCUGCAAGUGCUCACUAAUGUAAAGAUAAUGACACUCUCUUCGAGUACCCUUGAAAUAAUACGAAAUGAUCUCGCAAAUCCUGUUUCAAUGGCUGCUCAACCUCCCUGCUUUGUUAGAUUGGAAUUAUUGAAAGUGGAAAUGCGUCAAGAUGCAGGAAUAUCUGAUGCAGAAGUAAACAGGAUAGUGGAGUACUUACUUCAAAACUCUCCACCAGCAAGAGUUGAUGUCAUAAAUUGCUGA